AUGAAGUCUGUAAAAAGACAUAAUAGUAAAAGCUUUAUGGAAGAUGAAGAUGGAAUUGAUGCAACAUCACUUAAGGAAAUAUGGAAAGAACAAAAGGGUAUUGAACGCCCAGAAUGGAGCCGCUGGUUUUGUGGGAUGCGUUCUCCUGCCACGAAUUCAGAAUUGUAUGCUCUUGCAGCAUCGCUUAAAUCAAAAGCGCCAUUGAAAUUUGAAGAAAAAUCCAAUUAUUUGCAAAAAUGCACAGAGAAACCAAAAACACACUUUUUAAGUCCAAAAGGUCUAUAUGGAGUACCUUUUGAGCAAAAUUAUGAACAUUUAUUGCAAGAAAAAACAAACGACAAAAACAAACGGCCUUUUUUCCAAUUUCCUGAAAUUAAAGUUUUAAAAAAACAAGAACGGUCCAGAACACUAGAAUAUGAUUUGAGAGCAUCUGACCCUCCUAUGUUUAUUGAUAUGUAUGGAACAAUAUCAGAGAAUGAUAAAGGAAUGCUAUGUUCAUCAAACUCUACAGAAUUGUUGAACAAAAAUAUAUGUCAAAAAGAAGCUCAACCAUCAUUAAUGCAGGAGGUUACUAAGCAACUCUGUUCAACUGCAAAAACAAAUAUCUUGUUGUCUAAAUUACUUGAUUGUUUUUCAAAACAACCAAAAGUUCUUAAAACAACAGGAACACAGACAUCGGGACACGCAUCACCAGUAACUAAAGUGCAUCACGUUUACUCAGAUUAUGCACAUACAGUGUCUCCUAUAGCAUUAAAUGUUUCUCCACAAAUAUUUAUGGAUGCAAAAGAAAACUUCUCAUCAAAUUCAGCAAAAAAAAAUUACUCAUACAAGUCAAAAAAAAAUGAAGAAAAUCACAAUAAAAGGAAUUAUUCGACUUAUUCUGGUGUUCACUGUCUUUGUCAAAAAAUUUCAUUAAAGCAAACAUUAUUUUCACCAAAUAUAUCUCCAUGCAAUUUAUAUACAAACAGAAACACAAGGAAUUAUAGUCCCGAAAAGUACCGCUUUAGACCUAAGCAUACGGAUUGUUUUUUUAGAAAAAAAUUACAAAUAUCUCCUUAUUCUUCAAAAAACACUCUAUCAUCUCAGAGUAAUGUCUAUCCAUUUACACCUUUUAUGAAACGAAAUUUCCAACCUGUGAAAAUAUUUCAUGAUGAUAUAUCACCAGAUUUUAUUAUUCAGAAAGAACUUAGCUCGCCAUUUUUCCAUGAAACAAAAGUUGGUUACUCUAAUUUGCAAUGUUGCAAUCCAAUGGAUUAUGAAAGUAGUUGUAUGAAUAAACAAUGUAUUGGGAGUAAGUUAACACAAAAUAAUUCUUUAAAGAUGAAACCUAAAAAUGAGGUUAUUCAAAAAGAAAAAAUACCGUUGUAUAAAUGGAAAAAGAAAGAUGACGUAUUAUCGGUUAAUAACAACAUAAUUAAUUAUAAAAAUUCAAUGGAUAAUUUUUUUGAUACAUCUAGAUUGGAAGAUAGAGUAAAUUCUAUUUCAUCAUCCUUUUCAACAGCAAAUAUAGAUAAACCAAAUACUUCGGAAAUAUUCCAAACAAAAAUCUUUUCUAAAGAUAAUUUAGAAUCUAUUCCAAAAUAUGAAAAAAAAUCAGAAAAAAUACAUGUUAAGAAAAAGAAUAUAACACCUACACAAUUACCAAUUAAUAAUACUAAAGAAACGUAUUUCACAAAAACGAAUUUUGAAAAAAGAGGAAAAAUUAGGAUUCCUUCAAUAUUUCUCAAUAAUCACGAUAAAAAUUCUUUACUAAAAUCUGCAUCUAGAACUUCAGAACUUAAUAUGUUUUCUCAGAACACUAAAAUCAAUACAAGAUACUCUUUAAGAAUAAAUAAAUCAUCUAAAGAUGUUAAUAAAAAAGAGAAUUCUAGCCCUCAAAAUCCUGCAAUUUUCAAUAGUAAGAAAAAUAGUUAUAAUGAAAUAUUUGCAUUAAAGAAAGAUGAGAUAAAUAUUAACUCAUUUCAGAAACCUAUAAAGAAAAGACAAGAAGUUUCAAGAAUUCACGCAUCUAAUUUAAGUACACAAAAUCUAAAUAUUGAGAAUACAAAAAAUUCUCAAAAAAACAAGCAUUUUCAAAUCUCAAAAAAAGAAUCAAUAUCUCAGUUAUCCAAAAAACCAUUGACUGGUUAUUCUUCGGUGAAUUAUAACGCUUCUGUAGUUAGUCCUGAAAAUUUUUCAAAAAACAAUAAAAAUAUAGAAAAAAAAUCGGAUAAAUCUUUUAGUGUAAAAAACAAAAUUAUUAUACCACCCGUAUUUUUAUUACAAAAAGGCGAUAACAACACAAAUAGUAACACGCUCAAAAAAUUACAUUCUUUAGAUACUACGUCAUCUAAUUCAACUUUAGCUAUGGAGCCUAUAAAUGAAAAAGGAAAAUUGUAUAGCAAAAGAUCCAACAAUUUUACUAAGGAGUUCAAGUCAGCAGGUUUUAAUGAGUCCAAAAAAGCAAACUCUCUAGUUAAUACAAAACAAGCAUAUACAGAAAAUAUAUCGUUUUCGCAAUCAAAAUCAAUAGAGAAAAGUAAUCAAAACAAGCUUAAUCUGCCAGUUUCAGUUUCUUUUGACUAUAAAUACGAGUGUAAAAAUAACUCAAAAACAAGUUUUGAACCUUUCGAUUUAAAAAAAACAAAAACGACAUAUUCAGAAAUUAACAUACCAUCCGAUCCCUCAAUUGAAAGCAUGAAGACGAAAGAUGCCCUUAAGAACAUGUCUCGUCAUAAACAUUUAGUUUCUACAUAUCAAGAAGCAGUUAAUAUGUCAACAAUACCCAGCAAAAUAAUUAAAAUGGAUACUGCUAAUAGAACACAUCCUAACAAGAUUAUUAUUCCGAGUGUUUUUAUGGUAUCAUGA